UUUGAAGUACAAGAUAAAGGCUUAGGACUUUUUGAUGAAAUAAAUUCAAAUGCUAUAUACACAAGCAAUCUAUUUAAACUUACAGUUUCUAGAAUGCGAUUAACUAUAGCAGCGAACGCGCCAGACGCAUUGGGUGUAGAACCAUUAGAAAUUAUUAAAGCCUAUAAUACGAAAAAAAUUGGAUUCGAAAUAAAUGAAAAUGUUUUUCAAAGAGUGGUUUCUUUGGACAUCAACAAUUUUAUUCAACGAAUUGAAUAUGCGGAAUCAAAACCCGUAGAGAUAUCUGAAGAACCAACACUAUUACAUAGUACAUUAUCUGAAUCAAUACCCAUAUCAUCUUUAAAUUUUGAAAAUGAGAUUAUUUUUUGUUUAUAUUGA